AUGUCACCGUCGACGGGACGUACCUCUUGCGAUGGGCGCCACCAACCGGCAUUCUCCGGAACAACGUUUUCGUUGUUCGCUACUUGCGGGCGACACUCAAGACAACCUCCUCAAGACCGUCCUCACCGAAAUCAUUCAAUCAAAAUGGGUCGCAUGCACGCUCCCGGUAAGGGCAUUUCGUCCUCUGCCCUCCCUUACCGCCGUACUCCUCCCUCGUGGCUCAAGACAACCCCCGAGGAUGUCGUCGACCAGAUCGUCAAGCUCGCCCGCAAGGGUCUGACGCCCUCCCAGAUCGGUGUUACCCUACGUGACUCGCACGGCAUUCCCCAAGUCCGCUUCGUCACCGGUAACAAGAUCCUUCGUAUCCUCAAGUCCCAAGGACUUGGCCCAUCCAUCCCUGAGGACCUUUGGCACCUCAUCAAAAAGGCGGUUGCCGUGCGCAAGCACCUUGAAGUCAACAGGAAGGACAAGGACUCCAAGUUCCGUCUUAUCUUAAUCGAGUCGAGGAUCCACAGGCUCGCGAGAUACUACAAGAGCAAGCAGCAGAUCCCCCCUACUUUCAAGUACGACUCUGCCACUGCCUCCACGCUCAUUGCUUAA